UAACCAAUUCGAACCGCACCCGUCACGUCAGAGACUACAAGAUUUUGUUGCGCAAUGUAUUCCGUACUCUAAGGCUACCACAGGUUUUGCAUGAUUGGUCAAUCUACCAAUGGCUUGUUGCGCCAUUUACAAAAUCUCGCUGCAGUCAGAUUUUGCAUGAUUGGCCGGCUAUCCAACGGCUGGCAAAUGCAAGAAGACCAAAGCCGUGUCAUUGGUGCACACGAGGAACGCUGCUUGCAUGUGCAGUACGCGUCAGGCGGCGUUUCAGACCCAAGACUGAUCGUUAAAAUACCUGGGUAUGCUCCAAAAUGCUCAGCCUAAUCCUCCGCGUACUUCUCACUUCCCACUCUUUUUACUUUGAUUUUAUGCCUCGUCGUACAGAAUGAGUAACACUGCCAAGACCGACAACAUCGAUGAGAAAACAUGGGAACACCAUCGUGCAAGGAUCGAGAGCUUGUAUUGGGGGAAAUCGCUCAGUGCGAUUGACGCGCAUAUGAGAGAGCAUUACGCUUUUGUUGCAAGCAAAUCACAAUAUGAGAGGCAGUUCAGGAAGUGGCAACUACGAAAGAACCUUACUGGGCCUGAGUGGACAGUCAUCAUAAGGUACAUGAAGAGAAACUCGAUUCGCCUUGAACAAGUGGAAGUGCUGUUCAAGGGACACGAAAUCCCCCACAAGAGGAUUCUACAAGAGAUAGCGCGACGCAGCUCGCUAAACACCACAUGGCAAAGCGGCUCCUACAAACUUCCAAAAGAGAUCACCGUACGACCACGAUCACGCCCUCCGGAUAUUGACGCCGCGAACGGUCUUCAGACCACAAUAGUUCCUGCUAUAAUCCCGUCACUCUCUUCCAUUCAGACCGAAGCUAGCCUUGAACUGGUUACCAUACCCUCAAUCUCGAUUAAUCGCUACAGUUCGAACGCGUCCACCCUUGCUGCUUCGUGGAGCGCCCCGUUUUCUUGGAUGCGGAGUGUCGACCUGGAUUCGUUCUCGCAGAACCUCUCUGCUGCCGAGCAGUUAACGAAAUGGAGGAAGCCUCCAAAGGCCCAGCUCGAUGCACUAUUUUACUCGAAGGAUCGGUCGUUUCUAGAUACGCGGCACGAAAGCCACGAGACAUCAGUUCCGUUGUGCGCAAUCGCGUCACUAGCCAACAACCUAUCCUCGGUGGACCAUAAUGUUUCCAAUGACGCAUAUUCAUUGUUGAAGGCGCUUCCACUGAACGUCGUAUUACAAAGCCUGAAGGUCCUCCCGGUUCCGGUCUUGGAUGCUCUCAAAGAACAGGUGUUUGCUACUGCUGUCAAGGUUGGGGACGUGAAUCUUGUUUCGGCUAUGCUGAAGUUGAAUGCUGAUCCUCGCGAACGAAUCAUGAUAGAUCGGUCAACCGGGUCAAAACCAACCUACCCACUUGAUUAUGCACGGGAUGCAGAUCACUUCGCCGUUGCAAAAACACUUAUCUCACACAUGUGUCAAGGCGCAACUCAAUCGCAGCUUGACGGACUAAUUGAUUACAUCUUGUAUGGGAUGGAAUCUACAAUGCCUGAAUCGAGAAUGUAUUUCACAAGAUGGCCCAUCGGACGUUUUGGCGAGUCAAAACCGAUCGAGCUCAUGUGUAUCGCCCUCGCUGCAGGAGCCAGGCCCAAGUGGGAUUGUCUCAGAGCUGUAUAUGACGUUAUCUUGGUAGCUUCUCUCAAGAAGCUGGUAGAGAAUACGACCGGAGGUAUCAUGGCUUGGCUAGAGAUAGGCCUGCUGAAGUUUUAUCUUGGUUCCAGUUAUGAUUGGACGAAGACAUCCCCGAUCGAAAAUGUCCUACAAUACGUCUUUUCAGACUGCCAGCGCCAACUACCUCGAGGAGAUCCAAAAUUUAGGACAGUAGUUCUCGAAGGAUUGAAGACUGCUAUUGUCAACAAAAAAGAAGAAGCUGCCAAAAUGAUCUUGAGAGCGUUCAGUCUACUAGGUUACCGCCUCAAUAGCGAAGAGACUUGCAUGGGCAACACAGCCACGAACGAUUUGAUCAUACAGGCAUUUGAUAACGCAGACUGGGAUCUGGCAACAUCCUUAAUGUUGGCGCAGUACUCGACAGCAGUAGGAGGAAACUUGGAACAAGGCUUGAAGGCAACGGCCUCAACGGCAUAUCGUUCGGGAGCACAACAGCCUGUUGCAAGAAGUUUCGAGAAGCCUCCCCAUGUCCCUACAUAUCAUGAACAGUUCGCUGGCGCUGUCAAGGAGAAGAACCUAGUGCUCGCAUACCAGCUACUACAAGACCACAAGCUUUCAUCGGUAUAUAUGAAGAACUUCGUUAAACUCGCGAUCAGCCUCGGCGAAUUUGAUAUGAUUGUCAGUAUCAUCAGGUCUAUGAAAGAUGUUUGUUCAUGGAGCUCUGGUGAGCUUUAUGUCCUAUUGGACCAUGGUCAAAUUACAGCAGUCAGUGCGCUUCUUAUAGGAAAUCCUGUAUGGAAAUCUGCUCUAGAUGCUGCAUGCUACAACGGGGGUUUUGGUACAUUAGAAGCCAUGUUAUUCCAAGGAGCAACAAGUAUACUUCCGGGUUAUCGCUUUUCACGCCAUUGCAACAGGCAAUUUCAAGCUUUGCGAAUGGUUGUUGCAGAUUGGUAUGGAUGCUGACGAGCUCCAUUUAUGCGAAAUGCAGAACAAUGACAUGGCGGUUGUGAAAGCUCCGGUCACGUAUUGCAGCUUGGCUGGUGGGGGUGGUGACCUGGUACGCUACAGCUG